GAGAGCAUUUACCUGGGCCAUCGGGUAGCCAUGGAGAGCUCGGACAGCAACAGGGGGCUCUUGUAUCUAUUGCUUUUUCUACAGUUAUUGCGGCUCAGUUUCACUCAAGUUCCGCCAGGUGAUUCAACUCUCCCAGGUCCGGCCGGAGUCCCGGGAUUGAAUGGCAUUGAUGGUGACCGAGGUCCAGAUGGAGUCCCGGGUCCACCGGGUCCCAAAGGUGACGCCGGUGCUAGAGGUUCGACCGGAUUGGUGGGGCCCCCGGGAAAAGAUGGAUUACCAGGACAACAGGGAUCACCAGGAACCCCUGGACAACCUGGGCCAAAGGGUGAGCCAGGAGCAGUGGGACCUCGUGGAGCUCCUGGUGAAGGUGUACCAGGACUACCAGGGCCUCCUGGUCCAUCUGGACUUCCAGGUGAACUUGGCCGUGUUGGACCUCCCGGUGACCGAGGACCUCCAGGACUACCUGGGCCACCAGGCCCACCUGGACCCAAGGGACUUCCAGCACUGAUGCAUGGUGAUAGCAGUGAUGAGCCACUGUGUCCCAAUGCUUGCCCUCCAGGGCUGCAGGGCUAUUCUGGACUUCCAGGAAUGAAGGGGCACAAAGGUGUGAAAGGAGAGGCUGGUGAACCAGGCAAACAAGGACAUAAGGGUGAAGAAGGAGAACAGGGAGUUUCUGGAGAAUUAGGUGCUCAAGGCCCACCAGGUAUUCAAGGUCCUAGAGGUUAUGCUGGUCUGGAUGGACAAAAGGGUGAUAUGGGUCUUCGUGGAUUGGAUGGUGAACCUGGUGGUUUCGGUCCUAUUGGUUCACCUGGAGAUGUCGGCCCUCAAGGUCCUCUGGGUGAGCCUGGCCCUAAAGGUGAUCCUGGUCGCCCUGGUCCCAGAGGAAUUACAGGGUCCCCAGGAUCAAAAGGAGAGCCCGGAUUACCAGGUGUUGAUGGACGGGAUGGUAUACCUGGAAUGCCUGGAUCGAAGGGUGAAGCUGGCAAACCAGGAGCUCCGGGUGAGGCAGGAUCUCUAGGUUUACCUGGUUUGCCUGGCUCUCCAGGACUUCAGGGUGCAAUGGGAGCAAAGGGUGAUCGAGGUCCAGCUGGUUUGAAUGGCACAAUGGGAUCUCCUGGUAAACCUGGUGAACAGGGACCGAUCGGUGAUCUGGGAGAACCAGGUCUCGUUGGACCACCGGGUGACCAAGGGCUGCCUGGUGCUGUUGGUCCUGCUGGUCCACCUGGCCCAGCUGGUCCCGUUGGUGAUAUUGGCUAUCCUGGUCUUCCAGGUCCAGCUGGUUUGCCGGGUGCUAAAGGCGAUCGGGGUGCUGUAGGUUUGUCUGGUGGUAAAGGUGAACAAGGUCCUGCUGGUGCAGAAGGUAUUGAUGGCCCCAAGGGUGAGAUGGGUGAUCGAGGAAAGCCUGGUCCCAAGGGUGCUAUUGGCAAACCUGGUGAGGUUGGACUUCAUGGUAAAGAAGGGAUUCGUGGUCUGCCAGGUGUACAGGGUCCCCGUGGUGCUAACGGAGUACAGGGCUUACAAGGAGACCGCGGACUUCCGGGCCUACCUGGGAGACAGGGUCCACCUGGCAAGGAGCCAACAGACCAACACAUUCGACAAGUGUGCAUGAGAGUAAUGCAAGAACACUUGGCUCAUUUGGCUGCCAGCCUUAGGAGACCUGAAACUGGUAUCAUGGGUUUGCCAGGACGUCCUGGACCCCCAGGGCCCCCAGGACCAGCUGGAGAAAAUGGCUUCCCUGGACAACCAGGGCCUCGUGGUCUUACUGGCCUCAAAGGUCCAGCUGGUAUAAUUGGUUAUAAAGGACAAAAAGGUGAACAAGGAGAAAAAGGUGAUAGAGGAUUUCCUGGAAGAGGACCCAGGGGGUUGCCAGGACAACAAGGUCAACCAGGGGAGCCUGGGAAAAAUAGCUUUGGUAGAGACGGUCGUGAUGGUUCUAGGGGCUUACCUGGAAAGAGUGGUCAGCCUGGUAUCCCUGGUCCACCUGGUCGUGCAGGGAUUCCUGGAUAUUGUGAAGCCUCCGCCUGCACACAAGCUUUACGGGCGCCACCUCCAGAAAACAUGAAAGGACCAUGAACUACUAGGAGAGUCCGGGGGCUGUUAGGAUGUGGAGCAGGUUGCAGAGAAGAGGAGGUAACCCAAAAAACCCCACGUUGGCCUUAAUCUGAAAUGUGGAAUUCAAUAUUUUAAUAUUUUAACACUCUUUUAUCAUGACAAGGAAAUGGUACUUGAUGACCUAAUUUCAGCAGAUGGUACUCAAUGGUGAUAUGAUAAUUCUCAAUUGGAAUUGCAGAGAGAUUAAGAGAUACCCACAAAGAAAACAUGCUUGUGAUGUUACACAAUAAGUAAUUACCUCAGAAAUUAUAUCUUCCUUUUGAUGUUGUGAAUUAGAAAAAACACAAUUUAAGAGAUCGAUUGACUUGUUUCUGCUGGUUUUUCUGGGUGUAUGUACUAUAUUGUAUACUAAACCUUUUAACAGGAAACCCCUGAAGAUUUUAAUUUGUACAGAAGUGAUUGUCAGUGACCGUUCAUGUUGAAACAUACCACAUUGAAUACCUUGUGUACUGUAAAUCCCUGUAAAUAUCUGAUUCUUCAAAAAAAUCAAGUAAAAGCAUGAUCUUGUCUUGGUGAAUGAGUUAAGACAUAUGGACAUUCAUCUCAACAACUUUGGUCUUGUAUUUAAGAAAAAUAGGGAUUAUUAACUUGUGCUCUCAAGUUUAUGUCAUCUGGGGUUAUGUGGCCUUUAGGUAUUCUCAACUAUAAAAACUAGAAACAGAUAUACUUUGUUUAAAAAAAAACGUAAUUUAUUUUAAUAAUU